AUGGAGAUCUGUAAAAGAAGGCCACUUGUUCCCGUUAGACAAAAUGUAAGAGAUGUUGUUGCAACUCUCAUGGGACAGGAAGAACAACGUCAAUCACCUCUCACCACUGAUGGCAUUGAGAAAUUGCAUGCAAAUCAAAUUUCUUUUUCCGAAAUGGUGUUUCGUGUUACUCCUUCUCUCUCUGAGCACAUUAAGUUGUGUAAAUCUGCUAAAGAGAUUUGGGACACACUCCAAAACCUAUUUGAAGGAUCAGAAAACAUGAAGGAUAAGCGUUUGACUUCCGUUUUCAACACGUUAGAUACUUUCAUCACAACUCCCGCUGAAUCAGUUGCCUCGGCCUCUAGCAGAUACCGAAUCAUCGUCAACAACAUGACAGAUCAUGGGAUUGUCCAAACUCCACUUGAAUAA